UAUAAGCCCUGGUCCUUUGGAUGGAGCUUUUGUCUCGCUGGUCUCAUUUGGAAUGGAGCUUUGUUAAGCAAAACAGAAGCCAGUUUUGCCUUCAACAUCCUGAGCAUCACAGGUACCUCAGUGCAAUUUUCUGCUGCCAUUGCAUCUUUGCUCCUUGGCCCACCCUGCUACUGCUUGCUGGCUGGGAUCACUGGGACCAGCUGCCUGGUUGCAGUUCUGUUCCCCUUCCCCUGUGCUGACUUCCCAAACCUCUGCAAAGACCCACUGCGGUAUGAGUGA